AAAAAUUAAUGUUUUAUUGGCCCAUCAGAGGCCGGCUACCGCUGGAUUCAAAGCCUUGUGCUCGGGACGAAGCGAGUCGGUCGUCAAGCUGGGACAAGGUUGAUGCGCCUGGGCAAGGUUUCACUAGAUUCAAAUCCUCCAAAGCGAGUCGGUCACAUCGAUUGGGUUCCAGUGCAGGCAUGAAAGUGACCGACGAGAAGAUCAAGAAUUUGCAGAGGAUGGUGGUCAAUUGGAAGAUGUCCCCCUUGAGCUUGACAACCCAGUCUC